UCUUCUUCUUAUUGCUUCAUCAAUUCUCAACAAAAAGAAAAAAAAAAUCGUACACAUUUUUAUUUUAUUUUUGGUGUGUUUUUGACAAAAAAUGAGGUAUAGAAUGGAAAGAUUUGUGUUACUUCCUUUUUCUGUGGGUUGCAUCUCUGAAUCAAGUGUUGCAAUUGGUCAUCAACAGCAUAAAAGUUCAAGCAUUCAUCAACCAAACUUAAUCCCAACAAAAAUGCUAGAAGAAGAGAAGGAAGAAGAGGAAGAUGAUGAGAAAAACUUGGAGGGUGAAAAUUUAAAGAACCAAUUAGGCCUUCCCAAAUUUCAAAAGCUUUUUAAGAAUUUCAAGAACUUGUCUCACUUAUUUGUGGACAAGGACCAAAUGGAAGAAGAGGAGGACGAAAUGGGGAUGGAAAUAGGAUUACCAACAGAUGUGAAGCAUGUAACACACAUUGGAAUUGAUGGUGGUGAAGUUAAUAAUUCAUUAAUCCUUAAUUCAACAAAGACUAAUUGGGAUUAUCUUAAUCUCAAAUCACCUAAUCAUGAUUUACUCACUCAAUUCUCUUCUAAUUUCUCUUUUCCCAAUAUGGCUAAUCACUCCCCUAAUCACACAUCUAUGGCUACCUCCUCUUAAUUAAUAUUGUAAAAUUCUACUUAAUACUUUUGGUUUUUUACCAAAAGUAAUUGUACUUUGAUGAUUAC